UGCCGCCGGAAGUGGGAGGUGUAGCGCGCGGACCAGCGCUCGACCCCUCCCCCCGAGGCCCGGCCGCCCCCUCCCCCCGCUCCGCCCGCUCAGAGCAUGAUGGCUGCGUCUGAGGUGGCUGGUGUGGUGGACAAUCCUCCAGAAUCCUCUUCCAGUGUAUGUGCUUCCAAAUCAGAUGAAGGUCUCCUAGGUGCUCUAAGCCCCAAAGACCCUGCACAGAAGCACAAGAACUCGCCUCUGUCAAGUGUAAGUAGCCAAACGAUAACCAAGGAGAGUAACAGAAAUGUCCAUUUGGAACAGCCAGAGCAGAAUCCUGGUUCGUCAGCAGGUGAUACUUCAGCGGCGCACCAGGCGGUUUUAGGAGAAAACUUGGUAGCCACAGCCCUUUGUCUUUCUGGCAGUGGGUCUCAGUCUGAUUUGAAGGACAUGGCGGACACCUCAGGAGAGGAGGGGGACACAUGCCUCCGGGAGAGCCUCCACCCUGUCACUCGGUCUCUUAAGGCAGGGUGCCAUUCAAAGCAACUUGCCUCCGGGAAUUGUUCUGAAGAGAAAUCCCCACAAGCCUCCAUCCUAAAGGAAGGUAGCAGGGACACAGGCUUGGAUUUCCGACCUGUAGUACCUCCAGCAAAUGGGGUUGAAGGAGUCAGAGUGGAUCAGGAUGAUGAUCAGGAUAGCCCUUCCCUGAAGCUUUCUCAGAACAUUGCUGUACAGACUGACUUUAAGACCGCUGAUUCAGAGGUAAACACAGAUCAAGAUAUUGAAAAGAAUCUGCUCCUCGAUGCAGGAAGAAGUAGGCCCAGCCCUGAUGAUAAAAUGAUGACAGAGAGAACCCUGUUGAAGGAACGGUACCAGGAGGUCCUGGACAAGCAGAGGCAAGUAGAGAAUCAGCUCCAAGUACAAUUAAAGCAACUUCAGCAGAGGAGAGAAGAGGAAAUGAAGAAUCACCAGGAGAUAUUAAAGGCUAUCCAGGAUGUAACAAUAAAGCGAGAAGAGACAAAGAAGAAGAUAGAGAAAGAAAAGAAAGAGUUUUUGCAGAAGGAGCAGGAUCUGAAAGCUGAAAUUGAGAAACUUUGUGAGAAGGGCAGAAGAGAGGUAUGGGAAAUGGAACUGGAUAGACUCAAGAAUCAGGAUGGCGAAAUAAACCAAAACAUUAUGGAAGAGACUGAACGGGCCUGGAAGGCAGAGAUCUUAUCAUUAGAGAGUCGGAAAGAGUUGCUGGUACUAAAGCUAGAAGAAGCAGAAAAAGAGGCAGAACUGCACCUUACUUACCUCAAGUCAACUCCCCCAACCCUAGAGACAGUUCGUUCUAAACAGGAGUGGGAGACAAGACUGAAUGGAGUUCGGAUGAUGAAAAAGAAUGUUCGGGACCAGUUUAAUAAUCAUAUCCAACUAGUGAGGAAUGGAGCGAAGCUGAGCAGCCUUCCUCAAAUUCCUACUCCUACUUUGCCUCCACCCCCAUCAGAGACAGACUUCAUGCUUCAGGUGUUCCAACCCAGUCCCUCUUUGGUUCCUCGGAUGCCCUUCUCCAUUGGGCAGGUCACAAUGCCCAUGGUCAUGCCCAGUGCAGAUCCCCGUUCCUUAUCUUUCCCAAUCCUGAAUCCUGCCCUUUCCCAGCCGAGCCAGCCUUCCCCACCCCUUCCUGGCUCCCAUGGGAGAAAUAGCCCUGGCUUGGGUUCCCUUCUUGGCUCCCAUGGUCCACACAUGUCCCCUGCUGCCUCCAUCCCGCCUCCCCCAGGCUUGGGCGGUGUUAAGGCUUCUACUGAAACUCCUCGGCCCCAACCAGUAGACAAACUGGAGAAAAUCUUGGAAAAGCUGCUGACCCGGUUUCCACAAUGUAAUAAGGCCCAGAUGACCAACAUCCUUCAGCAGAUCAAGACGGCACGCACCACCAUGGCCGGCCUGACCAUGGAGGAGCUGAUCCAGCUGGUGGCUGCACGGCUGGCAGAGCACGAGCGGGCAGCAGCCAGCACUCAGCCACUUGGUCGGAUCCGGGCCUUGUUCCCUGCUCCAUUGACCCAAAUCAGUACCCCAAUGUUCUUGCCUUCUGCACAAGUUUCAUAUCCCGGAAGGUCUUCACAUGCUCCGGCCACCUGUAAGCUGUGUCUUAUGUGCCAGAAACUUGUCCAGCCCAGUGAGCUGCAUCCAAUGGCAUGUACCCAUGUGUUGCAUAAGGAGUGUAUCAAAUUCUGGGCCCAGACCAACACAAAUGACACUUGUCCCUUUUGUCCAACUCUUAAAUGACGGACCUGAUUGAGGAGGAAGAAGAGAAACUGAUGUGAACAGGAAGCGCGGGUUCAAGAUUUCUAAAACUCUAUAUUUAUACAGUGACAUAUACUCAUGCCAUGUACAUUUUUAUUAUAUAGGGUAAUGUGUGUAUAGAAAGUCUGUAUUCAAAUGUUCGUAAAUGAAAGUAUGUAUAUUAUGCAGAAUGGGUCUGCCCCCUUCACCGUGCAGUCCCUUUGGGGGAUGCAGGUUGUAGCUAAGAUGAUAUUUAGUUUGGCCUUGAAAUUAAAAUAUUCCUGCCUAAAGCUGUUUUCAAAUACAAUAUAAAAACUGUUAGGAAGCUACUGUUGCUCUAAGGCUAUCCUGCUUUGAUUUGGCUCAACUACUAGUCCGUUUUCUUAAGGCUUAUGUAUGCAGAUUUCGACCCUGGUGCUCACCCACUGUACAAACAGAUGCCUUGCUUACUAAAAGCCUCUGAAGCCUCAGUGUUGUAGCAACUCGACUUCAAAUGGAUAAAAUGAGACUGAUUGAGGAAAAAAAAUGUAACCCUAAUAGUUUGACUUUUCAUCAAGUA